GGCCUGGGAGGCUCUUCCAGGGGGAGGGCAGAAGACUUUGGCAAGGAAGUCUGGGUAAUGGGCCCAACUUGGGCUUCUUCCUCGGCUCUGGGGCAUCCCUUCUGCAAAGGCUCUGUGGACGCUGCCCCUGGGUUUCAGAAGUGUGCGUGUGCCAUCUUUGUGCCUGCCUCGGUUUCCCCGGACGACCCCUGCGCCUGCCUCGGUUUCCCCGGACGACCCCUGCGCCUGCACCUGCCUCGGUUUCCCCAGACGAUCCCUGCGCCUGCCUCGGUUUCCCCGGACGACCCCUGCGCCUGCCUCAGUUUCCCCGGACGACCCCUGCGCCUGCCUCAGUUUCCCCGGACGACCCCUGCGCCUGCCUCAGUUCCCGCUGGGCCCCGAUUAGCGUCCUGGAGCUCAGCUGGGUGUCGCUGGGUGUCACUGUGGCGCGAUUGUUGGGUCUCCGGCGCUGGUCGUCACGCGCGGCUUCUCGGACUCCCAGGUAGAGUCCUUGCGGGAAGGGAGGAGCCUCGGCCGGCCGCUGCCUCUAGGACCGAGCGAGCGCGCGCCGGCCGGGCUGCUGGGCAUGUGCAGAGGAGGCGGAGCCCCAGCCGGGCUGCUCGGCGCUCUUGGGGAUCGGAGCCCCGGAGCUGGGGCUGAAUCGGGGGGCCACGCGGGCGGCCUGGAGGAGGCGAAGAGCGCGAGGGGGAGGCAGGGGCGGCGCCGGCGCCCCCAGGAUGCCCCCCGGAGCCCUGACGCAGCGCGCUCCAUCGCCGGGACCGGCUGCUCCCAGCCCUGCGCUCCGAGGAGCGGCGCCUCAAGGCUCUGACGAUGGGCAGCCGGGCCGCCCCGGGCCCUGUGCAGGGAAGCCCCGGCGCGGCGGCGGCCGGAUGAUGGGAUGAGCCUGCGGCCAGGCAGCCGGGCCGGCCGAGGGCAUGGCCAAGCCUUUCUUCAGGCUCCAGAAGCUUCUGCGGAGGACCCAGUUCCUGCUCUUCGCCCUCACGGCCGCCUACCUGAUGGCCGGCAGCCUCCUGCUGCUGCAGCGCGCCCGCCUCGCCCAGAUGCCGCAGGGGCCGCGGCCGGCCGGCCCGCCGCCCCCGGCCCUGCUGGCCGCCGGGGCCCUCCGGACCGAGCCCAGGGCCGGGCCGCGCUGGCUCAUGGCCCGCCACUCGGAGCUGCGCCAGCUGAGGAGGCGGAGGUUGGAGCGAGGCCCCGAGGGAGCUCCGGGCGGGGCCCUCCCGGCCCCCAGAGAAGCCCCUGCGGCCACCAGAGGCUCCUACGUGGGCUGCUUCCAGGACAGCGGCCCUGCCCGGACCCUGAAGGGGGUGGUGUUUUACGAUCUGCGGAAGAUGACCGUGGCCGGCUGCCAGGAAGCCUGUGCUGAGUGGUCCUACGUGUUCGCGGGCCUCCAAGACGGCACCGAGUGUUACUGCGGCAACCGGCUGCCCAAGAGGAGCUCCGGGGCGCAGGAGUGCAACCGCGAGUGCCGGGGGGAGAAGGGCUCCGUCUGCGGGGCCCCCGGCCGGCUCUCCGUCUACCACGUCGGGGGCCUGUUGCUCGGCUCCUCCAGACGCCCAGUUCUGCAUCCGCUGAGCUACCCAGUGGCCCCUGCAGCAUCUAACUUUUUGGACUCAGGGCCUGGAACGAAGUCUUCCCUGUGUGGAAGAGAAAGAUCUGGGUGUCAGAGUGGACCCUGCCUGCUGGUCCUGGGGAGGAGCCUGAGCCUCGCCUGCUUUAGUAGGACCUCCACCUACCGGGGCUGUUUCCCUGUGCCCAGCAACCUCACGGCCACCCUGGCCACCCCCCUGAGCCGUCCCAACCUGACCGUGGACAGCUGCUGCCAGCUCUGCUCCAGCCAGGAGUUCCCGCUGGCUGUGGUCCGAGGCCCCGAGUGCUUCUGCGGCUUCCCCACCCCGAGCUUCAGCCUGCAGGACGCCGUGGACGCGGCUCUCUGUGCCGGGAGCCCCGAGGCUGCGGCCAACUACUGCGCCGUCUACCAGACGCCCGUCCAAGACACGCGCUGCACCGACCGCAGCUUCCUGCCCGCCAAAGCCCAGGUCUUCGUGGCCCUGUCGAGCUUCCCCGGCGCCGGCAACACGUGGGCGCGCCACCUGAUCGAGCUCGCCACAGGCUUCUACACCGGCAGCUACUACUUCGACGGCACGCUCUACAACAAGGGUUUUAAAGGGGAGAAAGACCACUGGCGGAGCCGGAGGACCAUCUGUGUGAAGACUCACGAGAGCGGCAGGAGAGAGAUCGAGAUGUUCGACGCCGCCAUCCUGCUCAUUCGGAACCCGUACAGGUCGCUCGUGGCCGAGUUCAACCGCAAGUGCGCCGGCCACCUGGGCUACGCCACGGACAAGAACUGGAAGAGCCGAGAGUGGCCCGACUUUGUCACCAGCUAUGCAUCCUGGUGGUCAUCGCACGUCCUGGACUGGCUCAAGUAUGGCAAACGGCUCUUGGUGGUCCACUACGAGGACCUUCGCCGGAGCCUCCUCCCCAAGCUGAGGGAGAUGGUGGCCUUCCUGAACGUGUCCGUGACCGAGGAGAGGCUUCUGUGCGUGGAGAGCAAUCAGGAGGGGAGCUUCAGGCGCCUGGGGGGCCGGGCCCAAGAGCCCGAGCAGGCCUUCACGGCCGAGAUGAGGGAGCUCAUCGAUGGCUACAUCCGCACUGUGGACCGGGCCCUGAGGGACAGGAACUGGAAUGGCCUGCCCACAGAGUACGUGCCCAGAUGAUGGGGCCUGGCACCAUCCCUCCCACCUGUGCUCCCCCAUACGUGCACACCCACUCACACUCAGACAUGCGCUCACACCCACUCACGCUCAGACACAUGCUCACACCCACUCACGCUCAGACACACAUGCACACCCACUCACGCUCAGACAUGCGCUCACACCCACUCACGCUCAGACAUGCACUCACGCUCAGACACGUGCUCACACCCACUCACACUCAGACUUGCACACCCACCCACGCUUACACUGACAUGCACGCACACCCACCCACGCUCACACUCAGACACGUGCUCACACCCACUCACGCUCAGACACGCACUCACGCUCAGACACGUGCUCACACCCACUCACACUCAGACACGUGCUCACACCCACUCACACUCAGACUUGCACACCCACCCACGCUCACACUCAGACACAUGCUCACACCCACUCACACUCAGACACGUGCUCACACCCACUCGCGCUCAGACACACAUGCACACCCACUCACGCUCAGACACGUGCUCACACCCACUCACGCUCAGACACACUCCCACAGGCUCUCAGAAGCCCCUAGGUUUACAGCCCCAGUGCCUUGCUGGGGUCAGCUGAGGAAGGCAGUUUUCCUUGACUCUGGGAAGCUCUCGGGUGGGGCAUUCCCUGAUGCUGCUGCUUUGGCCUGCCUUGGAAGGUUCGGGCCCCCGGGUGCCGCUAGCUGCCAGGCGAACGGAUUGCCUUGUCACUCCCACAUAAACGCCUUGGCUGGGACUUAGAGACUCCUUAUUCGUUCCUGCUCCAGGCUGGCAUCAGAAGCCCGAAGGGAUGCUCCAGGGCCCCGCUUUGGGCUGAGGGAAGCUGGGGGAGGCCCAGGAGUGUCCUGGGAAGGCCCGGGAGUGGGUGUGGGGUGGAGGCUGGUCGGACGGAGCCCAGAGGGGCCCUCCCUGUUCCAGUGGGCUGGUCAGGUCUGUUCUGUGAACUCUAAUAACUCGGCCUUUCUGGGUCUGCGUCUGUA